AUCCGAGCCAAGAAGAAACCUACUCCAGUGAAGUAUGAAGUUGGGGAUCUUGUUUGGGCCAAGUUCAACAGACGCCCAUGGUGGCCAUGCACAAUUUGUCAUGACCCAGUGCUGGACUGUCACUCAAAAAUGAAAGUUUCCAAUCGGAGACCGUACCGAGAGUACUAUGUGGAUGCCUUAGGAGAAACUUCAGAGAAAACCUGGGUUGCUGGGAAAGCUAUUGUCCUCUUUGAAGGAAGGCAUCAGUUUGAAGAGCUGCCUAUUCUUCGGAGAAGAGGAAAGCAAAAGGAAAAAGGCUACAAACAUAAGGUUCCUCAAAGAUUUAUGGCUAAAUGGGAAGUCAGUGUUGGACAGGCAGAAGACAUUCUUCUUGGGGGGCCAGAGGAUCAAAAGUGCAGCCAGAACUCCAGCGAGCUGGACAGCGAGAAGGAAGUACAGUCAGAAUACUAUGCCAAUGGCCCUGGAGCAGAAAGGGACAGGCAGCUGAAUGGCUGUUUUAAAUCCUUGGCAUUUGACUCCAGACACCUGGCCAGUGAAAAAGGAAAAUUGCAUAUUAAGCCACAUGUGAAAAAAAGUUCUGACAGCAGAAAAAGGACUAGAGUAAAAAAGAGUGGCGCAAGAGGGGAAGCGUCUAGGGGAGGAAUCAAAGAAAAAAUGCCAGAGAGCAUAGUUAGAAACAUGAUUGUUGGGGACCUACCAGACAAACAUGCAUCUCAUGAACUUCGCCGGAUUGCCAGCAGCCUAACAGCAUCGAGUGGCACUAGGGAAAAACAUUUGCUUUCCUCCUUUGGAGAAAGACGUUUUGAAAAGACAUCUUUGAAAACAGACUAUGAGAAUCGUAAAAGUGAUACUCUGAAGAGCACUCUCCAAGGGAGUUUGUUUUCCAGCACAUCUUUGGAGAGAGAGAAGAGCUCCCUGGGCAUUUUGUGCAGUUCCAAAUUACAAAUACACUAUUCUGCGUCUGAUGUUGGUAUUGAGAAAAAGCAAACUGAAUCAGAUUCAUCCUCUUCCCUCUCAGAUGGUGGGAACAGUGAUGUAGAUACCAUGGACCAAAGUUCAGAGAGAGCUUCUAGUGCUCUUGAAGUUAGUGAUUCUUCAGAUAAAGUGGAGAAGGAAUUUCCUAUGACAUCAAGUGGAAACAUUAAGCUUUCCAUGUAUCUUUCUCAGAAGAGCAACAGAAGGGCCAGGAAGAAGUCAUACAGAGAUCGCAAACCUCUGGGAGGUUCAGUAACCAGUAGACUUGGUGCUGAAUUUGCAGAUGGAGAGCUUGAAAUAGGCUUCUCUGAUGCUGAGAUGUCAUUGACAGCUCUUGAGCGCUCUUCAGGUGUGAGAAAUGACAAACUAGCAAACAAGCACGCUACUCCCCAAAGUGUUUCCAAGGACAGCUCCUGGCCUGCUGUUGCAAAUCAAGCAAUCUUAAAACCGAAAAGCAUGAAAUUGCCUGGAAUCAGGAGUAUAAAAUGCAAACAUAAAGAAAAAGUUGCUGGGUUGGAGCCUUCUCUUGCAGAAGAGGAGGGUGGUAUGAAUCGCUGCUCUUCUGAUACCAAAGGUUUCUCUGGCCUUCAGAGAAGUGGAAAAGUUGAUGGCCAGAAGCUGUUAAACAACGUGCAUGAGAAACCCAGGGAUUCUGCUGAAAUAGAGACUGCUGUGGUGAAACACGUCUUGUCGGAGCUGAAGGAGCUGUCUUAUCGGUCCAUGAAUGAUGAUGCUAGUGACUCUGGCACUCCGAAGCCCGCAGUACCUUUACUUUUCCCUUCCGCCUCUGGUCCUGGUCGUUUGCCUAUUGAGCCAGAUUACAAAUUCAGCACCUUGUUAAUGAUGUUGAAGGAUAUGCAUGACAGUAAGACAAAAGAACAGCAACUGAUGACUGGUCAAAAUAUAGUCCCAUUUCGAAAUCCUGGCACAGCUGAUGGUUCUGGAAGCAAUUCUACAAGUGGUCUGAAGUCCUUGUCUAUUGUAGGUCCCCCAUAUAAAAUAGAAAAAAAUGGAGAUUGUGUCCAGGAAACAGUAAAUCCAAACUCUGCUAUAAGCAACUCCUCAUUUUCACGCAAUCCUCCAACCAAGUUGACGGGGAUUGGUACUAGUAAAAGGGAGCCCACGAGUGCUGCUGUUUCUGGGACAAAUGGCACAAAUUGUAUGUCCAAACGCAACUGUUCAAAAUCUAAGCAGUCAUCAAAGCUUGGAGAUAAAACAGUUUCAAACAGAAAGGACUUAAAACCAGGAGGGCCAAUACGUUCAGAGAGGAAACGCCUUAGAAAGCCAAGUAAACGGCUUCUGGAAUAUGCAGAAGAAUAUGAUCACUUAUUUGCACCCAAGAAAAAAUCAAGGAAGGGCCAGGAGCAAUUGCAAAAGGUGAAUUCUGUGGUGAGGUCUGAAUUUGAAGGAAGUCUCCCUGCACAGUGCAGUCCUGACAGAGAUACCCAGCGGGGGCCGAGUUCUUUGGUUUCAACUCCAUCUUCAACCAAAGAGUCCCCUCCCGUCCUUGAAGCUGAGUGCUCCUUCUCAGAACUAGGAUCGCAUUCCACUGAUCCUACUGAUCAACUUCUAGAAGGACCUGCAGAUUUUCCAGAGCUGGUGCUGUCUUCCUCAGAUGUUUCUGAAGUUUCUGCUUCUCCAGAUGCAGAAGAGAGAUUCCUGAAAUCAGGAAACUUCGAAAGCAAGCGUCAAAGGAAGCCCACUAAAAAGCUCUUGGAAUCCAAUGAUUUGGACACUGCCUUUAUGCCAAAGAAGGAGGAGUGGACUCCCCCAAAGAAGGGUACUGGCCCUUCGGAGAGCGACAGUUCUGAGCUCUACUCACCAGCCCACUUCCCGGACCUGGGAGAAGCUUCUGAAAAGCUCUUGGAGAAGCAGCGGAAGCGGAAGAGACAGCGCCAUCCCUCUACUGCAAUGCAUUCCAAGAAGGAGAGAAAUGAGGAGGGGCUGGGGGAGACCCCGCACUCUGAGGGGGAGACAGCGGUUCAUGGGACUGCUGCAAGCCCAAAAGAGGGUAAUGAAGAGGGGUUAGAGAACGACCAUGGAGUGCCUUCGUCCAAAAAGAUGCAAGGGGAGCGUGGAGGAGGAGCAGCUCUCAAGGAGAAUGUGUGUCAGAUCUGCGAGAAGCCAGGGGAAUUGUUGCUGUGUGAGGCGCAGUGCUGUGGUGCUUUCCACCUGCAGUGCCUUGGGCUCUCCGAGAUGCCAAAGGGCAAAUUCAUCUGCAAUGAGUGUUCCACAGGGGUCCAUACCUGCUUUGUGUGCAAGAGCUGUGGGGAAGAUGUGAAACGGUGCUUGCUGCCUCUCUGUGGGAAGUAUUACCAUGAAGCGUGCAUACAAAAGUAUCCGCCCACGGUCAUGCAGAACAAGGGCUUCCGAUGCUCCCUGCACAUAUGCAUGACUUGUCAUGCUGCUAACCCAGCAAACAUCUCUGCAUCUAAAGGUCGCUUGAUGCGCUGUGUGCGGUGUCCGGUUGCGUACCACUCCAACGACUUCUGCCUUGCUGCUGGGUCUGUGGUCCUCGCCUCCAACAGCAUCAUCUGCCCCAAUCACUUCACUGCACGGAGGGGCUGCCGCAACCAUGAGCACGUCAAUGUCAGCUGGUGCUUUGUCUGCUCGGAAGGGGGCAGCCUUUUAUGCUGUGAGUCGUGCCCAGCUGCGUUUCACCGUGAGUGUCUAAACAUUGAGAUGCCAGAGGGAAGCUGGUAUUGUAAUGAUUGCAAGGCAGGCAAAAAGCCACACUACAAGGAAGUGGUCUGGGUGAAAGUUGGGCGCUACAGGUGGUGGCCAGCUGAGAUUUGCCAUCCUAGGACAAUUCCUGUUAACAUUCAGAAAAUGAAACAUGACAUCGGUGAGUUUCCUGUGCUGUUCUUCGGCUCCAAGGAUUACCUGUGGACCCACCAGGCCCGUGUGUUCCCUUACAUGGAAGGUGAUGUCAGCAGCAAAGACAAGAUGGGGAAGGGCGUGGAUGGCAUAUACAAGAAAGCUCUUCAGGAAGCUGCAGUAAGAUUUGAAGAGUUGAAGGCACAGAAAGAACUGAGACAGCUUCAGGAAGACAAAAAGAAUGACAAGAAACCUCCUCCCUACAAACACAUCAAGGUGAACCGGCCAGUGGGUAAGGUGCAGAUCUUCACUGCAGACCUGUCCGAGAUACCACGUUGCAACUGCAAACCAACAGAUGAAAACCCAUGCGGCCUGGACUCCGAAUGCAUCAAUCGCAUGUUACUCUAUGAAUGCCAUCCCAUGGUCUGCCCUGCUGGGGAGCGCUGCCAGAACCAGUGCUUCUCCAAGCGGCAGUAUCCUGAGGUACAGAUUUUCCGCACGCUGGCACGAGGCUGGGGUUUGCAAGCCAAAACAGACAUCAGAAAGGGCGAAUUUGUUAAUGAGUAUGUUGGGGAGCUAAUUGAUGAAGAGGAUGAAAAAAUCCGCUAUGCUCAGGAGCAUGACAUUACCAAUUUCUACAUGUUGACACUGGAUAAGGAUCGAAUCAUUGAUGCUGGGCCAAAGGGCAAUUAUGCUCGGUUCAUGAACCAUUGCUGCCAGCCAAACUGUGAGACUCAGAAGUGGUGUGUGAAUGGUGAUACUCGGGUCGGGCUCUUCGCAAUUGUAAAUAUCAAAGCUGGGACUGAGCUGACUUUCAACUACAAUCUGGAGUGCUUGGGAAAUGGAAAGACAGUUUGUAAAUGUGGUGCCCCAAAUUGCAGUGGCUUCCUAGGAGUACGGCCAAAGAGCCAACCCAACCUCACCGAGGAAAAGUCCAAGAAGCUGAAGAGACGGCCGCAGAUGAAACGCAGGUCGCAGGCAGAGGUGAUGAAGGAGCGAGAGGACGAGUGUUUCAGCUGUGGGGAUGGAGGGCAACUAGUUUCUUGUAAGAAGCCAGGCUGCCCCAAAGUGUACCACGCGGACUGCCUCAACCUGACCAAGAGACCUGCAGGAAAAUGGGAGUGCCCGUGGCAUCAGUGUGAUAUGUGUGGUAAGGAAGCAGCUUCCUUCUGCGAAAUGUGCCCCAGGUCCUUCUGCAAGCAGCACCGUGAAGGCAUGCUCUUCAUCUCCAAGCUGGAUGGACGUUUAUGCUGCACAGAGCAUGAUCCCUGUGGACCAAACCCUCUAGAGCCGGGAGAAAUUCGUGAGUAUGUGCCUCCCAUAGGAGCCCUGGCUAACGGCGAGGACACCCAGCCACCAGAGCAGCCACCUGCAGACACAGACCUGAGCGUUCAGCCUCUGGACAGCCUACCUCAGUCUGUGGCCCUCAGAGUGCAGUCACCAGAAAAGCCCCCUGCUACCCUAGCAUUGAGGCUGCCGCCAUCAGACAAGCCUCCUACCACCCUAGCCCUGAGGUUGCAGCCAUCAAACAAGCCCCCCACCACCCUGGCCCUCAGGCUGCCUUCACCAGACAAACCACCCGCCACCCUGGCGCUGAGACUGCCACCAUCAAAUAAACCCCCCACCACCUUGUCACUGAGGCUGAAGCCAUCCAACAAACCCCCCACCACCCUCUCACUCCGGCUGCAGCCUUCGGACAAACCUCCCACUACCCUGUCACUCCGCCUGCAGCCGUCAGACAGGCCCCAGGCUGCCCUAUCCCUAAGGCUGCAGUCAGAGAAGCAACCCAUCAUCGUAGCGCUGAGGCCUCAGCAGCCUGACAAACCUCCCACCAAUGCAGUGCUGUGGCCACUGGAUGAGUCCUCCAGUGAUGCCUUGCAGCCUCAUCUGCCGAGCAAAUCUCCUCCGGGAACUCCACAGUCAUCGGAUGAGUCGCUUGUUACUGCUGGUGCCCUGCAGCUCCAGCUGUCGGACGAGCUUCCUGCUGCCCCUGGGGUUUUGGGGUUGUCGGACAAGUCUCUCAUUGACACCAGGACCCAGCAGCCUGAGCUGCUGGAUGAGUUCCCAACAAAAUGCCUGCAUCCUCAACUGUCGGACAGACUUCUCGCCACGGCGGGGACCCUGCAGUCUCAGCUGGUGGAUGAGCCUCCUGCGGCUGAUCAGCUUCAACCAUUGGUCAGAGCUUCUGCACAGAGUCCACAGCCUCAGUCUGUGGAAAAGACUUCCAGCUCCAUGGUGUCACAGGUCCCAGCGUUGGAGAUGGUUCCUGGUCCUGGGGUGCUGUGGCCUCUGCCCAUUGAAAAAGUCCCCGGCUCCCCAGUCUCACGGAUGCUGCCCAUGGAGAAGGCUUCUGGAUCAGCUGUGCCACGGCCUUUGCCUCCGGAGAAGGCUUCUUUUUCUGGGGCAGUGCGGGUUCCAGCCACGGAGAAGGCUCCCAGCUCUGGGGCACCUCGUCCCCUGCCUCAAGAGAAGGUUCCUGCCUCAAGUAUGCCACGGAUCCUACCCACAGAGAAGGCUCCCAGCUUAGGGAUGCAGUGGCCCCUGCCUCCGGAGAAGGCCCCUGGCUCCCGGUCACUGCAUGUCCUGCCCAUGGAGAAAGCUCUGGGCUCGGGGGCCCUGCGGAUCCCACUCAUGCAGAAGGCGCUCGCCCCUGGGGUGCUGCGGCCCCUGCCUCCGGAGAAGGCUGCCGACUCUGGGGCCCUGCGGGUCCUGCCUCCGGAGAAGGCUCUUGGCUCUGGAGUGGCUCGGCCUCAGCUCUUGGAGAGGCCUCUCACUCUUACAGCCCCGUGGCCUCAGAUCGGACAAGCUGGGGCAUCGGACAAGCUGGCUGCUGCUGUGGCUCCUCGGCCUCAAGCCUUGGACAAGCCUCUGGCUGCAUCUGCUCCGAGGCUGUUGCUGUCGGAGAAGGCGCUGCGGCCUGUUGACCAGAAUGCUCAGCCGAAAGAGAGAGGAGCCCCAGCCAUGGAGCUGAAUCCCCAGCAGAAAGAGAGGACCAUGUUAGCUGGCGAGCAAAUCUCUUGGUCUGCGGGGAAGGCAGUGAUGCAUGUUGGACAGGUACCUUGGCCUACGGAGAAACUACAGACGCAUGAGCAAACCCACUGGCCCACUGCAAAAGCCCUGACGCCUGCGGAGCAGCCUCCCCGGUCAGCAGAGAAACUACCAGAGCCAACCCUUCAACCCAGCUGGGAAGUGGCCUCAGCCCCCUCAGAGCAAACCCCUUGGACAUCAGAGAGAUUGUGUGCAUUUGAGCAGACCCCUCGGCCAGCCAGGGAAGCGCCGAUGCCCCCGGAGCAGAUGCAGUGGCUUGUCACGAACAUUCAGACAAUUGACCAGAUUUCUUGGCUGAGUGGAAAAGCACAGACUCCUCGGGGGCAGGACCCUUUGCCUGAACAAAACACAGCGCUAGCCCGUAACCAGGAUUCUGUCUGUCGUGAGUUGGCUGACUCAGAGCCAAAGUGA